AUGAACGGAGCUCAAUUUACAGAUAGAGCUAACAAGGCAUUGCUGGAUGCCAGCAACCUUGCCGAACAAUACUCCCACUCCCAGUUAUACCCCGUUCACCUUGCUGUCUCCCUCCUCAAUCCUCCUCCAGAUGAGUCUCAGGAUCAGCAGGCGUCUGGUAUUCAUCCCUCCCACGAUGCCUCUGCAGCACCUCUCUUCCGACAAGUCAUUGAGCGAGCACAUGGCGACGCCCAGCUACUGGAGCGUGCGCUCAUGAAGACUCUCGUCCGGCUUCCUAGCCAGGAUCCGCCUCCAGAGAGUGUUUCUGUGUCUCCCCCAUUGGCCAAGGUGCUUCGUUCCGCCGUUGAGCUAUCCAAGACACAAAAAGACAGUUUCGUCGCUAUCGACCAUUUGAUCCAGUCCGUUGUCCAAGACUCUCAGAUCCAGAAGGCUCUAAGCGAAGCCAACAUCCCUAAUGUCAAACUCAUCGACAACGCCGUCCAACAAAUCCGGGGCACACGACGGGUCGAUUCCAAGACCGCCGAUGCGGAGUCGGAAACCGAGAAUCUGAAGAAAUUCACCAUUGACAUGACUGCUUUGGCCCGAGAAGGAAAGAUCGACCCGGUUAUCGGUCGUGAGGAGGAGAUCAGACGUGUCAUUCGUAUUCUCAGCCGUCGGACCAAAAACAACCCUGUUCUCAUUGGUGAGCCCGGUGUUGGAAAGACAACAAUUGUCGAGGGUCUGGCUCGCCGUAUCGUGGAUGCCGAUGUUCCAGCCAACCUUGCUCAGUGCCGGUUGCUUUCUCUCGAUGUCGGCUCUUUGGUCGCCGGAAGCAAGUACCGGGGUGAAUUCGAAGAAAGAAUGAAGGGCGUCCUGAAGGAGAUUGAGGACGCCGAUCAGAUGAUCGUCCUAUUCGUUGACGAAAUUCACCUUCUUAUGGGCGCUGGCGCCAGUGGUGAGGGUGGCAUGGAUGCCGCCAACUUGUUGAAGCCCAUGUUGGCUCGAGGCCAACUACACUGCAUUGGUGCUACAACCCUGGGUGAAUAUCGGAAAUACAUCGAAAAGGACCAGGCCUUCGAACGACGAUUCCAGCAGGUCUUGGUCAAAGAACCGUCCGUCCAGGAGACUAUCUCUAUUCUCCGUGGUCUUAAGGAUAAGUAUGAGGUGCACCACGGUGUCAACAUCCUGGAUGGUGCCAUUGUCGCAGCUGCGACCCUUGCCGCUCGUUAUCUCACCGCUCGUCGAUUGCCCGAUUCGGCUGUCGAUCUCGUCGAUGAAGCUGCAGCGGCCGUCAGAGUCACGCGCGAGUCAGAACCAGAAGCGCUUGAUAACCUUCAAAGAAGGUUACGUCAGCUCCAGAUCGAAAUUCACGCACUGGAGCGCGAAAAGGAUGACGCCUCCAAGGCUCGUUUGGAGGCGGCCAAACAGGAAGCAGCCAAUGUCAAUGAAGAACUACGGCCCAUGCGUGAAAAGUAUGAGAGCGAGAAGAAACGGAGCAAGGAAAUUCAAGAUGCCAAGAUCAAGCUCGACUCUCUCAAGGUCAAGAGAGAUGAAGCCGAACGUAUGGGCGAUACUCAGACCGCUGCCGACCUGGAAUACUAUGCUAUUCCCGAGACCCGGGCGCUCAUCGAGAAGCUCGAAGCGGAUAGGGCGAGGGCGGAUGCAGAACGCCGCGCCCGCGCUGGAGAAUCUGGUGAAACACUCCUCGCGGAUGCCGUCGGUCCCGAUCAGAUCAACGAGAUCGUGGCCCGGUGGACAGGCAUACCAGUCACACGGCUGAAGACCACCGAGAAAGACAAGAUCCUGAACAUGGAAAAAUGGUUGAGUAAGGUCGUUGUUGGUCAGAAGGAGGCGGUCACUUCAGUGUCGAAUGCCAUCCGGCUGCAGCGGUCUGGAUUGGGCAAUCCCAACUCCCCUCCAAGCUUCCUGUUUUGCGGACCUUCUGGAACUGGUAAGACUCUUCUGACGAAAGCGCUCGCGGAAUUUCUCUUCGAUGAUCCCAAGGCCAUGAUUCGGUUCGACAUGUCCGAAUAUCAAGAACGUCACGCUCUGAGUCGGAUGAUUGGUGCACCUCCUGGUUAUGUUGGCCAUGAUGCUGGUGGUCAGCUCACGGAGAAUCUACGUCGCCGUCCUUUCUCAAUUCUGCUAUUCGAUGAAGUUGAGAAGGCAGCCAAAGAAGUCCUCACGGUCCUCCUGCAACUCAUGGACGACGGACGUAUCACGGACGGCCAAGGCCGCAUUGUCGACGCGAGGAACUGCAUUGUCGUGAUGACAUCCAACCUUGGAGCUGAAUUCCUUGCCCGCCCAACGACCAAGGACGGCAAGAUCGAACCCCAGACUCGCGAACUGGUCAUGAAUGCCCUACGGAAUUACUUCCUUCCCGAGUUCCUGAACCGUAUCUCGAGCAUCGUCAUCUUCAACCGGCUCACCCGGAGAGAGAUCCGGAAGAUCGUGGACCUCCGCUUGUCCGAAGUCCAGAAACGCCUGGAGCAGAACGACCGCAACGUCAAGAUCGACUGCAGCAACGAAGUCAAGGAUUAUCUAGGCGAGUCUGGCUACUCGCCUGUAUACGGCGCACGUCCUCUGGGACGGAUCAUCGAAAAGGAAGUCCUCAACCGGCUUGCCGUCCUCAUCCUUCGUGGAAGCAUCAGGGAUGGCGAGGUGGCUCAGGUUGUCAUGCACGAUGGUCGCAUCGACGUCUUGCCUAACCAUGAACUUCCGCCGGAAGAUGGCGACGAGGAUAUGAUGGACGAAGAUGAUGCAGUGGCAGAGUUAGAAGAUGGAGAUGGCGACAUGGACCUCUACGAGUAA